AUGUCCUCAAGUCGAAAAUAUUCAAAUUGUGGUCUUCAACUGAACCCAACACAAUUGAUUCUGGUACGAAAAACAUGGCAGCACGCACGAAAUCAAGGCGCUCUUGAGCCAGCGAUGAGUAUUUUCCGAAACAGCUUUUUCAAGAAUGCCGAAAUCCGAUCUCUGAUGAUGUACGGAUCAAAGAAUGUUGGCCAUGAAAGACUGAAGGUAUUCGUUCAACAUUGA